AUGUCUGACAGCUUCGACGCUAACGCCAGUAGCUGCGCAUUGCAGGCGGGAGUCGAUACCCACCGCACGAAUAAUACCGAGCAACUUUACUUGUUUAUUGAAGGUCGUCUGUUCUUGUCUAGUAUGAAGAUUCAGCACAGGCCUUCACACCGAGUUAUCUGGAGGCCGCCAACUGCAAGCCAGUCAUGGACUCAGUUGCAUCCUGUGGCUAUCAGUUACCGAUGGAGAGUCUCAUGCUUGCAGACCAAUCAAGUGACGCAGGCUCAGUGUGAAUUAAUUAGUAUUAAAAAAUCUCUCAGCUGUAACAACCUUCCGGUGCCUAGCUACCACGCUACCCGAAGGAAUCACGCGGCCUGGGAUACUGCCAGAUUGCCCAAGCCCAGACAGGGGAAGUCGAGAGGCAAAGGUCAGGUUCGAACCACGGACCUUCCGGUC